UCAAACACCGACAUCCUGACCGAGGCUGCUCUGUUCGGGCUCCGGUGCAGCGCGAGGCGGCUCCGGAGGGACCGAGCGAUUCUACCGGUUAAACCCGGAGAUCCGGAUAUACCCCGGGAGGUGAUGGACUGAACCGAUCCGACAUCUGAGGGUCUGAGGCCCGAUGGAAGCUGCGACACAUCCCGACCUGGAGCGUCUGGAUCCCGGUUCCUGAUCCGUGUGUGAGGGUCUCGGUGUUUUUCGGUCCCUGGUCUCGAUUAAAACGAUCAUGAAUUAUCCGCCUCCGCUCCUCUAAUCUGGAUUUAAAUCUGAGAUCGGAUCUGGAUUAGUCUGUUCCUGGUUCUGAUCGGGUCACGUCUGACCCGGUCUGAACCGGUCCUGGUCCCGGUGUGAUCUUUGGUCCUCUCUGGUCCUGGUGUGCUAAGCUGUCAUCAUGCCGACGUCCCGGCCUGGUUCUGAGCCGAUGGAGUUCUGGGUGGAGGGUUCGAGGCGGGACGGGACGGUGGAGGAGUUCUACACCUUGAGCUCCGAGCUGGGCAGAGGAGCCACGUCCGUUGUUUAUCGCUGUGAAGAGAAACAGACUCAGAAACUCUACGCUGUCAAAGUCCUCAAAAAAACGAUCGACAAGAAAAUUGUUCGUACAGAAAUCGGAGUCUUGCUGCGUCUGUCUCAUCCAAACAUCAUCCAGCUGAAGGAGAUCUUUGAGACGGACACUGACAUCGCUCUGGUGCUGGAGCUGGUGACUGGAGGAGAGCUGUUUGACAGGAUUGUGGAGAGAGGUUACUACAGCGAGAGAGACGCCGCUCACGUCAUCAAACAAAUCCUGGAGGCUGUGGCAUAUUUACAUGAACAUGGCGUGGUGCAUCGUGACCUGAAACCAGAGAACCUGCUGUACGCCGACCUGUCACUGGACGCUCCGCUCAAGAUAGCCGACUUUGGUCUCUCCAAAAUCAUCGAUGACCAAGUCACCAUGAAGACGGUCUGUGGUACCCCAGGAUACUGCGCUCCAGAGAUUCUGAGGGGAAACGCCUACGGACCUGAAGUGGACAUGUGGUCAGUGGGUGUCAUCCUCGUCAGCAAGCUGAUCGUCCUUGACCCUCAGAAGCGCCUCAGUGUCCGGGAGGCUCUGCAGCACCCCUGGGUGCUGGGUAAAGCCGCCCGCUUCUCCCACAUGGACACCACUCAGAGGAAACUACAGGAGUUCAAUGCUCGACGUAAGCUCAAGGCUGCUAUGAAGGCUGUCGUUGCCACCAGCCGCAUGCACGAGGGAUCGCGACGUCGUACCGACAGCUGUGAAAUUCCAAGCUCAGGGGCUUCCAGGCAGAGCAGCAUGCAGCAGGACCCGCCCCCUGAUUCCACAGACCCCACCCCUUCAGACAAAGAACCCCCGCCCUCAGAUCAACAGCCACAGGAUGACGAAUCAGAUCCCACCGACAAAAGUGCUCUCAGCCCCUUGUCUCCACGCGUUCUCAAAUCCCCCAGCUCCGAUGUCACGCCCACAGACGCCGCCCCCACCAGGCCGCCAUUGCGAGCCGACGGGCUGCGGCAGAUGUCUGUCAGUCCUAAAACUGUGCUGGUCCAACCCCCACUGCAGCAAAAGAGCUGCUCCAUGGUAGAGCCCACCUCUGGAGUCGAGGCCACGCCUGUGAGGGCCACGCCCCCGUGUCCCAACAGCCUCACUAAUGGCUUCACACCAGGGGCGGAGCCAGCCAAUCAGAUGCCCCACUGCCAGUGAUCACCUGACAGAGUGGUCUCAGUUUCACACAAUCAACAAUCACGAGGUUCAGCCGUUUAGCUCCAACUUCAUUAAUUGCACCAGAGCAUUUUUCCUGUAACCACAUCUUCCACUGCUGUUAAUCAACUAUUGCUAACAUGCUAACAGCUGCUGGUGUCUAUAGGUUGUCUGAUUUCAGGACUCUUACUGUGGUAAGAAAAACCCCAGAGCAGCUAACAGACGCCACAAACAAUCACAGCUAACAGGAGCUGCUGAAACUAAAAGCUAACUGAACAGGAGCGCAGCCCUGAGCUCGUGGUUAUGACGUGAGAAGUAGCGUUAACGUGUACUGGGUGUGGUCAAGUAUGAGGAAAAUGCUGCUAGGCAACAGAAACAUGGAUGCUAAUAUUCAAAUUCCUGUUUGAGACCAGUUCAGCGAGCUAGCAGUCAGCUAAUAAAUGCACGAAAUAAAAGUGAAAAGUCGAAGCUAAUCGAAACAUCAACAUUUUCUUUGAUGGAAAAUUAAGAAAAACAAGAAAAAUGACAGAUUAUUAUUUUAUCAUAAAUGAAAAAUGAACUUCCAUGAACUCCGCCAUGAAAACGUCAAAACGUGUCAGUGUUCAUGAGCUCUCUCUCUGGGGUGGUGACCACCACAAGAGGGCAGCGUUCACAUCCACUUCUGACAUCAUAUCGAUAAAAAGAAAACUACUGUUAAACUCCUCCUGUUGAAAACAGUUGUGAUAUUAAAACAUUGCUGUUUUAGUAAAUUCUUUAUUUCUCAGAGAUUUAAAUGUAUCUCUGAAUAUAUAAUAUUAGUGUUAAUGUUGAAUUGGUGGUUUAUAUUCCAUUGAUAAUCACUAUCACUGGUUUAUUGGAUAUGACAUGAACACAUUGUCAUUAACAUUAAACCCUCAGACUCUUCAUGGCUCAGAUCAAACUAAAAUGGCGUCUCUGUGUUUGCUUCUUACCACAGAACAGCUGAACGUGAACCAAUGAAAAAAAGUUCAACGAUGCUGGAAACAUCUGGAAUCACAGCUGCUGUUCACACAUGUUGAUAACGUUAUGUUGCUGUGAUCAGAGUCUGAAGCUUCACGUUGGUUCAGGUUUCAUCUGUUAGUUUUAGUUUCACGUUGUGAUUCAGGGACUAAAGAAUUUUGUCUGACACACGUCCGUCCUGUCCUCAUCACCUACGUGGGCGUCGUCUAUACCUGUACUUGACUCUGAUUGGUUUGUAGACGGCGUCUGAUAUGGCCAUGUUGUCAGUGGGGGGGUAGUGGUCUUUCUGUUUGAAUGGAGGACAUGAAUGAAGCUUCAUCUGGUUGCCAUGGUAACAUCAUGAUGUAUCAUUAGCAGCAUUAGCACCUUCAUGUGCAGUACUCCACAGUACUACAGUACUCCACAGUACUACAGUACUC